AUUGGUACUUUCUAUGCCAAAUUGGGACAGUUGGAGAAUAGGGCUUCAGCUUUAUAUUGAUUUCCAAAGCAUCGAAUGUUACUCCCCCCCAAUAUAGUGCGGAUUAUGGUUUAUAUUGGACUACAACUCUGGAGAUCAGCAUUCAAUCUCCAGUUUGGCCAUCAAGCCAUGAAAAAAAAACAUUUACUAAAGUGUAGCUAAACUGCAUGAAGAGUUUAACAUGGCAUGGGAUUAGUGCAUUGCUUUUGUGAUGAAACUGUUAACAGUUUCAGUUUUCAAGUGGCCUCAGCAUUUUGUUUGGUUUUGCAAAAACAAGUACGUAACUAGAAAGUGACUAUUUUAGUUUCUUUGGGGAUAAUGAGAAUAGAGUGGUUUUGCCAGGGGGAGAAAGUGGUGCUACAGCAGUAAAUGACUACCUUUUAGACCUUGGAACUAUAAUGGUAACAAAUCACUGUUAAGAGUGGUCUUCCCUACUUCUUCUGAAAUCAUUUUGGAGUCAUUUCUAAAAGAACAGCCUCCCUGCUUGGCUCUUGCCCAGAGGAUCCCAAGAUGGCAGCCAACGGUGUGGUGGGACCCGAGUUCGGAAACCUUGAAGAGCGCAUCCACCAGGUCAACAUGGAGUCUUUGGAGAGCACCAGACGGAUGCUGCAGCUGGUGGAUGAGAGCAAAGAUGCCGGGAUUCGAACUCUAGUCAUGUUGGAUGAUCAGGGAGAGCAGCUGGACCGAAUUGAGGACGGCUUGGACCAGAUUAUCCAAGACAUGAAGGAGGCAGAGAAGAACCUCACAGACAUGGCCAAAUGCUGUGGUCUGUUUGUCUGUCCUUGUGCCAAAUUAAAGAACUUAAAAGCCAUGGAGGCCAGUAAAGCUGCUGCCAGCAAUGACCAGGACAAUGUGGUUUCUCGACAACCUUGCGUGGUGGCCGAUGGGAAUCAGAUGAUGAUGAGUGGACCUUUCAUUCAGAGGAUAACAAAAGACGACGUGGAGGAAGAGAUGGAGCAGAACCUGACCCAGGUGGACAGCAUGUUGAGUAACCUGCGCAGCAUGGCAGUGGACAUGAGCAACGAAAUUGAUGUCCAGAGCAAGCAAGUGGAGAGCAUUAAAGAAAAGGCCAUUGCCAAUGUGAUCAGCAUCAACGAAGCCAACAACCAAACCACCAAGAUGCUGAAGAAAGCCUGAGCUGCCCUCCUGCCACCUUUUACGCCUCAGAAUAUUCACAACCCAGCCUCUUCCAUCCUAACCCCAGAAUGGAUUGAUUCAGACCAAAGCAAUUCGAACCACGUCUCCCAUUUUGCAAACCAGUUGUUUCCUAAAAGAGGGUGCAUGCCAGCGGUAGCUAAAAUGAUGGUCACUGAAACAACUGAGCUGCUUCUAAGGGCAGUCUUUUGACCAUGAUCUAAAAUUACUAUUCCUUGUGCCUCUCCUGUGUGUGGCGAAAUUGUAUCUCAUUUUCCAUUGAGGUUUCUCUACAUACCAGCCUUCUACAUGUAUUGGUUGGAAAGCCCCUUAAUCCUGCAGCCCACAUGGAUAGAUGCCUGCAAGAGUGACCCAAUGGGUUGUAUAGAAAAAGAGUAGACUGCUUUGGCCUUAGAUUUAGGUUGCAUCCACACUGCAGAAAUAAUACAGUGUGGCACCAUUUUAACUGACAUAGCUCAAUGCUAUGGAAUUCUAGGAAUUGUGGUUCAUUGCGGCACCAGAGCUCUCAGACAGGGAAGGAUAAAUAUCUCACAAAACUACAAAUCCUAGAAUUUUAUAGCACUGAGCCAUGACACUUAAAGUGGUGCCAAACUACAUUAUUUCUGCAGUGCAAGUGAAGCCUUACUUAUACCGAGACUUAAACCUAUUGAAAUCAUUGGGGUGUAUAUUGGUCAGUGGCAAAAUUAAACCUGAUUGAUUUCACUUAGUCAAAACAGGGCCUGAGCAGAGCUUGGAAUAUUACUUUUGAAAAAGAACUAGUUACUUUAUACUUUGACUGUUGUGCAAAUGUUACGCGGCAGGAAGCUGCAGCCUUUGUCAAUUUGAAUGUUGUGUGAUUUCUUCUCUGCGAGGAAAGCUGUGCAGUUUUGUUUCCAUGCUGAAAGCUAUACAGUUUCCAGAAAACUCUGCAGUGUGCUUUACAAGCUGUGCAGUGUUUGUAGAAAAGCUGCAGAAGUUUCCAUUGUUGGGGGG